AUGGCCUUCUACUGUCAGAAGGACAGCUAUGCCUUCGAGCUGUCCGCAGAGGUCGUCUCCUGCACCCCGGCCAAGCUGCAAAUUGACAAUGGAGGUGGAAAGAAGGAGACCCUGUCCGGAUACAAUGUAACACUGACGGACACUGUACUCUUCCCGGAAGGAGGAGGACAACCUGACGACAGAGGGUUCAUUGGGGAAAGUCCUGUUCUGCGUGUCACCCGCCAGGGCCCAGAAGCUUUCCACUUUCUCACCUCUCCUCUACAGCCUGGCACCCAGGUGCUGGUCAAGGUGGACUGGCAGCGGCGGUUCGACCACAUGCAGCAACACUCUGGUCAGCACCUAAUUACCGCCAUUGCUGACUCCCUCUAUGGAUACAAGACGACGUCCUGGGAGCUGGGCCGACAGCGGAGCACCAUAGAGCUAGAUACGCCAGUGGUGAGUGUUCAGCAGGCAGAUGCCAUCGAAGAAAAGGCAAACCGCCUGAUCCGCCAGCGUGUGCCUGUCACAGUGAGGAUCAUUGCCUUUGAUGACCCCGAGUUUGAGCAGGUGAGGAGCCGGGGUCUGCCGGAUGACCAUGCUGGGCCAGUGAGAAUCAUUGACAUGAAGGGUGUGGAUGCCAACAUGUGCUGUGGCACGCAUGUGGCCAACCUGAGUGACCUACAGGCGGUGAAGAUCCUGGGGACAGAAAAGGGCAAGAAGAACAAGACCAACCUCAUAUUCAUCGCUGGUGAGCGGCUGCUGCAAUACGCCACCCGCAGCUAUGCAACUGAGCGCUCCCUGACUGCACUGCUGAAGAACGGACCUGAGCAGCAUGUGGAAGCUGUGGACAAGCUUCAGAAGUCAGUGAAGAUGCUGCAGAAGAACAAUCUGAGCCUCCUGAGAGAUCUGGCUGUACUCAUCGCCAACGACUUCAAGAACCGCCCCGACCGUUCCAAAGUCUUCUCCCUGCACCGUAAGGAGGGCGACAACGAGUUCAUGAACAUCAUCGCCAAUGAGAUUGGAACAGAGGACACUGUCAUAUUCAUGACUGUUGGGGAUGAAAAGGCAUCAGGGCUCUUCUUGCUGGCUGGCCCUCCCAGAAUAGUUGACGACCUGGGGCCCCGAGUGUGUAAAAUCUUGGACGGUAAAGGGGCAGGAAAGGCAGGCCGAUUUCAGGGCAAAGCCAAUAAAAUGAGCCAGAGGGGAGAGGCAGAGAAACUGGUGCAGGAGGUCACCUCCACUGAGAGCGAGCAAUAG